AUGAAUAGCCAAAUAACUUAAAUUAAACCUCCAUUCACAUUAGAAACAGCAAUAAAAAAAGUAAGAAUUGCCGAAAAUGCUUGGAAUAGUAGAGACCCGGAGAAAGUUUCUUUAGCAUAUACUAUAGAUACAAGAUGGAGAAACAGAAACGAGUUUUUGAAUGGAAGGGAGGAAGUAUUAAAUUUCUUGAAAAGAAAAUGGAAAAAAGAAAACGAAUAUAGGUUAAUUAAGGAAUUAUGGGCCUUUUUAGACAAUAAAAUUGCUGUUAGAUUUGCUUAUGAAUGGUAUGAUGAAGAAAAUAAUAAAUGGUUUAGAGCUUAUGGGAACGAAAAUUGGGAAUUCGAUUAAGAAGGAUUAAUGAAAAUUAGACAUGCUUCAAUUAAUGAUGUGGAAAUAAAUUAAAAUUAAAGGUUUUUUUUAUGGCCAUAAGGAAUUAGACCAGAUGAUCAUCCCGGAUUAUCAGAACUGGGUUUAUGA